AGGACUGGAAGGGUCGGGGGGAUGUCCACCAAGCACAGGUGUGGGAGAAGGACUGGAAGCGCCAAGAGAUGACCGUGUGCCAUGCAGAUGUGAUGCGCCAGCUGGAAAGAGACUGGAAAAGCCCCGCUAGAGGUCUGGAUGUAGGACUACGGCCAGAUGACAGCUGGAAAAGGCCUGAGAGCCCAGCACAGCAUCUGGAGGAGGACUGGAAGGGUCCUGAGCACAGUCGAAACACAAACAACCCAGAGAAGCCAUUGGAAAGUGACUGGGGGAACAAGAGUCUUCUCAUUUACCAUCCCCAGCUGGGUGGAAGCACCUUCCCACUGCAAAGCAGCACCAGCUCCUCAGGAAGCCCGCAGCCACAUCUGAAUGCCAGUAAGAAGCACAAGCCGGAUCUCCUCAAUUUCAAGAAGGGAUGGAUGUCCAUCCUGGACGAGCCGGGAGAGUGGAAGAAACAUUGGUUCGUGCUGACCGACUCGAGCUUGAGGUAUUACCGGGACUCGAACGCAGAGGAGGCUGAUGACCUUGACGGAGAAAUUGACCUCCGCUCCUGCACGGAUGUGACAGAGUUUGCAGUGCAACGCAACUAUGGCUUCCAGAUACAUACAAAGGAUGCCGUCUUCACCCUGUCAGCGAUGACCUCGGGCAUCCGGCGCAACUGGAUCGAGGCCCUGAGGAAAAAUGUGCGCCCAGUCAGUGCUCCAGAUGUCACCAAGCUCUCUGACUGCGAUAAGGAGAACUCCUUCCGUAACUGUGUUCCCCAGAAAGGCUCACUCCGGAUGGAGGAGCAGCAGCGGCCAGGCUCGGGCUCAGGCUCCGAGGGGAACUCAAAGAGCACUCACUGGAAGGCAGAUGGGCAGCGCCAUGCCUUUGAUUAUGUGGAGCUGUCUCCCUUGCCACAGGACCCCGGGAAUCAGGGGUCCCCACAGAGGACAAAAGGGAGCUUGAGGAUCUCCAACCGAACUCCGAAGUAUGAGGAGCUGGAGCGGGAUCUGGCCAUCCGUUCGGAGGAGAGGCGGAAAUGGUUUGAGACCCCUGAUGGCAGGGUCACAAACAGCGAUGGCCCAGCAGGAGACUCUUCCCGCAAGGUCGGGGAGCAGGACCUCCCCCCUCCGCCACUUUCAGAGGAACAGCGGAUUCGUCUGAAUGAGGAGAUAGAGAAGAAGUGGCUGGAGCUGGAACGCCUGCCUUUGAAGGACUUGCAGCGAGUGCCCUUGACAGCACUGCUGAACCAGAGCAAGGGGGGCCAUGGAGACACCAAUGAGGCACUGAAAAAGGAGAUCCAGUCACUGCGGGCACAGCUGGAGUCCUGCCGGGCCAGAAAUGAGAGUCUUCGGGAGGCAGCAACAUCCCAGGGAGACAGCCAUGUGCCCCGAGGGUACAUCUCACAGGAGGCCUGCGAGCGUAGCCUGGCUGAGAUGGAGUCAUCCCACAAGCAAGUGAUGGAGGAGCUCCAGAGGCACCACCAGCGGGAGCUGGAGCGGCUGCGGCAGGAGAAGGAGCGGCUCCUGGCAGAAGAGGCAGCAGCGACAGCAGCAGCCAUCGAAGCACUGAAGAAAGCCCACCGGGAGGAAAUGAAUAAGGAGCUGGGCAGGACACGAAGCUUCCAGCAAUGCAGCUCUCUCCCAGAAGCCCUCCAGAAGCAGCACCAGUUGGACGUGGAUUCCCUGAAGCGGGAGCUGCAGGUGCUUUCUGAGCAGUAUUCCCAGAAGUGCCUGGAAAUUGGGGAGCUCACCCAGAAGGCAGAGGAACGGGAGCAGAUACUGCAGCGCUGUCAGCAGGAGGGGAAGGACCUCCUCCGGAAAAAUCAGGAGCUGCAGACCCGCCUCUCCGAUGAGAUCGGGAAACUGCGGAGCUUUAUUUCGUCACGGAGCUCUGGGGACUGCUCUUCGCACAACAAUGAGCGGAGUUCCUGCGAGCUGGAGGUGCUGCUGCGAGUGAAGGAGAACGAGCUCCAGUACCUAAAGAAAGAGGUGCAGUGCCUCCGGGAGGAGCUGCAGAUGAUGCAAAAGGACAAGAGAUUUGCCUCAGGGAAAUACCAAGAUGUCUAUGCAGAGCUGAAUCACAUUAAGGUGCGCUCAGAGCGAGAGAUCGAGCAGCUGAAGGAGCACCUGCGCCUGGCCAUGGCGGCUCUGCAGGAGAAGGAGUCGCUGUGCAACAGCGUCAGCAAGUAAUGGUCUGCUCUGCGUUUGUUAUCUGUUCUAGUUUUGUAUUUGCUCCAUUCCUCACUUGUGGGGAGAGGGAGGUUGAAUCCCAUCCGUUAUCGCCUUGGCAAGGAAUCCUACACACCCCCAACCUCCUCACUCCCUUCCCAAAGCUUUUUUGAUGAACCCUUUUUGCCUGCAUACCUGAGCACAUUGUUUGGACUGGCUCCUUACAUGCACCUUCUUCAGGAUUUUAUAUGUGAAAAUUAUAUUUUAUAGAGGAAUUUUUCCCCCACAGGAAGAAGGGGAAGAGGAGGAGGAAAACUUUUACUACAUCACCAGCAUUUUUCUAACCUGAAAAAGAGAAUCUGUUUUUUCCCCCUUCCCCAGCCCCAUUGCUCCCAGCCACACAGCCACCUUUGGCACAUAUUCCCUCUCUUCCAAAUGUCUCCACGGUCCCCUGGGAUGUACGGCAAGGACCAUGCUUCCCCUCCCCGUGCCACCCUCCGGGACCUGCGGAGAAGACAUGCAAGCCAUAGGAGGGAGACGCCGGGGCCACCUGCCAUGGAUGUGCUUGCCUGGGACGUUUGAAAGAGGACACCUUGGCAAGAGUCCGCAUGAUCAAGCUCUCUCCAUAUCUGCCCUUUUGGCUCCUUCAAGAACCCGCGUUGGCAGGAGCCCAGAGCCACAGGGCUUCUCCUUUCUGGGGAAGAGGAGCUGUGAGGCUGCUACUGCACCCGCCGGAGCCAACCUCCCCAAGGUGGCAGCUGCUGCUGCUCUGCUGCACCCCUCAACUUUUAACUUAAUAAAAUCUUCCCCUUUCGCUGAGAAAAA